CGCUAAUCUGUUCGCGCAUGCGCACUGUCGCAGUGUUUUGGGCCGGAUCUUUAUUGCGUGGCGGAAUGUUGUCCUUCGAAGGAGUUUAAAUAAAGAGCCGGAUCAUUUGAAUUUAAAGGUACAAAAUGGAGCUCCCAAACUACAGCCGACAGCUCAUGCAGCAGCUGCAUGCUUUACGAAAAGAAAAGCAGUUUUGCGACUGCUCCAUCCUGGUGGGCGAGACCCCGCACCCCGCUCACAAACUAGUGCUGGCGGCCUCCAGCAUGUUAUUUAAGUCUGUUCUGGAAAGUUCUGACAGCAUCUCCAUCGACACAGAUCUACUGUCCUCUCAAGAGUUUUCUUCUCUUCUGGACAUGGUGUACACAGGUAAACUACCUCCCGGUAAACACAACUUCACCCGACUCAUCGCCGCUGCAGACAGCUUGCAGAUGUUUGAUGUGGCUGUUGGUUGUAAAAACAUUCUCACUGACCUCAUGAAGCAGACGUCUGUGGAAACUGAGAGUGAGUCAGUGAACCCUCAAGUUGUAAAACGUGAUACUGUUAAGGAGCCGUCUGAAUCGGAACUGGUUAAGAGGGACAAGAAUAUUUUUGAAGAAGACAGUGCAGUUGAGUUGAUCUCUCAAAAUCAAGCUGGUAUCAUGAAAAUCCUACAGAAUGGACAAUCAUAUGUUAAGGUUCUUGAGAUCUGGGAUACAGUCUCCACCGAAGAGCGCCAGGUCAUAUUGGAGAGCUUCAGAGGAGAUCCAUCAGCAGAUGAGGUUUACCAGCGUUUGCUAAACCUUGUGAAAGUUAAGAGAGUUCUGUCAGCUCAAACAGUCCUUAGUUUGUUAGAACAGCUAAAAUGUUUUAAUCCUGAUCCAGGAUCAGUUUUGGAAGACCAGGGAAAUGAGAGCUGCCUUGAGCCAAAAGAUUCUCCAGCAGAAGUUCGGUGGUCUGGAGGGCUUUUAGACCAUGUAUCAGAACUAUCUCAUCACCUCUCCACUGUCAACAACCUCUCAGAGCUUUUGACCAGCGCAGUAAACAGAUGUACAAAUGAAGUGGAAAAAGAGGUAGUGCUGCAGUGCUGUUCUGCUCCAUCCACUGUGGAGGUGGUGGCAAGGUUGUUAUGUAAACUCCAAGAGAUGACCAUAAGUGAAGAAACGUUUCUGAUGCUGCUCCAUGAGGUCAGGGAAAGUUCCACAGAUCUGCUUCAUCUUCUGGAGGCCCUGAAAGGCGCAAGAGAUAACACAACAGGAGACAGCAGUGGGAUUCAUUUGUUGAAGAUAUAUCAAAACAGGCUCACAGAGCUGAAUCUGGAUCUCCAGCUCAUUAAACAAAGCCUUAAAGUGGGUCCAGAUAUGAAUGCAAAUGAGAGUGAGUAUAUUGAAGCUCUUCUGGGAGAGAAAAGAGAUGCUGAGGUGGUUGCAGGGCUGAUAUCUGCAGCGUUGGACGGUUCACUGCAGGCGGUGACUGUUUGGAGGCUUUUGUUGUGGACAGAGACACACAGUCCAGAGCUGCGGCUUCUCAUGGAGGAGGUCAAGGAAAAACCAAAUGCUCAAAAACUUCUGCAAACUAUUAAAGACAUAGAUGUGCUCUUCAAGCACAAAUCACUCAUUCUAGAAGCAAUCAGUGACAUUACCUUGCUCGAGCAAGGUUUGGACGCAGUGGAUCAUGGGACAGAGCAAGUUGCUGAGUUUUUCCGGAGCUGUCGGAGAGCUGAUGGUGAACUGGAGUCAGUUCAUCAAACUGUGGAGAGAGUUCUGAGUCGUGACUCAGAGUUUGCCAGUUCACUGUGCCAGCUGCUGUCUGCCAACCAGCAAAACUUCCCACAGCUGAAAGACCUCAAACAUACUGGGCCUCUGUCAGAUUCUGACUGUCCUGCAAAGUCUGAGGUUGAGCAGGAAGGAUCUACCGCAGACUCUGAGGAUGAUGAUGGGGAAGACUCUAAAACGAAAGGCAGAAGGAAGGCUGUUCCUGUGUCGUACCGCUGCGAGUGGUGUAAUAAGACGUUUGACUUUAAGUGCCGUCUGAUAAAGCAUAAGAAAGGCUGUGCCCUGGCACCGGGGAAGGAGCAGCGCUGCUCAGAGUGUUCGAUGCCAUUCCCGACACUCAAGAGCCUUCACCAGCACUGCAUAGAAGCCCAUGGUGGCCCUCCAGCUAAGAAGAAGAAAACAGAACUAGUGCCAUGUGACAUGUGCGACAAGACUUUUAAACACUCUUCAGGUCUUUUGUAUCAUAAACGCACUGAACAUUUCGAGGAGCGGCCGUACGCGUGUGAGGAGUGCGGGGCGAAGUUUGCUGCCACCUCGUCUCUGAAAAACCACAUGCGUCUACACACAGGAGAAAAACCUUUCCACUGCAAACACUGUGACAUGAGCUUUUCUGUGGCUGCUGCGCUCUCCUACCACACCAAGAAGAAGCAUGCUGAGGGUAAAAUGUAUUGCUGUCAGUACUGCUCGGCCUCAUUCGCACAGUCCAUCGAACUGACGCGUCACGUCCGCACGCACACAGGAGACAAACCGUACGUCUGCAGGGAAUGCGGGAAAGGCUUCAAACAAGCCAAUGGGCUGUCUGUCCAUCUCCAGAACUUUCACAACAUUACAGAACCACACGACUGCCAGAAAUGCCGGGUGAGUUUCUCUUCUCUGGAUGAACUUAGACAGCAUAUUCAAGAGGUGCAUCCGAAAGAGCUGCACCAAUGUCCCGAGUGCAGCAAGAUCUUCAACAGCGAAGCCAAUCUGGAGAAGCACAUGAACAUUCAUGACGGCAACAAACCUUACAGCUGCAAGAUGUGCAAAAAGUCCUACCAGACACUCUCUGGUCUGUGGUAUCACAAUCGUACAGCUCACCCUGAGAGUGCCUCGGCCCAGGGCAACAAAGCCAUCAAAUCUCUGCUGCAGUGUGACAAAUGUGACAAGACAUUCAGCAACCGAAAUAGUCUGUUAAAGCACCAGAUAACCAAUCACACAGAAGUGCGCUUGUGGAAGUGCGUGAACUGUGACAGCACCCUGACGAGCGAGCAGGAGCUGCAGCAGCACGCGUGCACUGGUCAGUCAAGUCAGACCAGCUCUGUGUUCGGCUGUAUGGUCUGCUCUCUCCACUUCCCCUCAGAGUCUGAGUUCCAGCAGCACUUCCUGUCGAAACAUCUGCAGGUCAUGCAAGAGGAAGCACAAACACAGGCCUCCAGUGCUCAAACGGUGAUUCAGUGUGAGGAUGCAGCCGGUCAAGAGGCAGAGCAGGUGAUUAGCCUCGACCAAUCCCGGAUUGAAGGGUCACCGCAGGUGUUUGUGGCUCUGGGUGAUCAGCAGGAAACUGCCAGCGGCUCUGGAAUCGUGGCCGUGAGUAUGGAGGAUCUACUGAACGGCACCGUCACACUCAUCUGUGAAGAGGGCCAGUGAACUUUAUGGCUUUAUGAUGACAUUUCUUUGAGAUCAAGUGCUGAUGUUUCUUUUGACACUUGAUGGUACUAAAGGCCUUCAGACCAUGUGAUUUUAUCAGUCAUGCUACUUCUUUUUUGUGUACAAGAAUGACUAUGAUUUUUAAUCGGCCUUCAGUCACUUGUUUUCUUCUCCUGGAAGAGUGUUUUCAGGCUAAGCGUACACAAGCAUACAAAAUCCAUGUUAAAAAUAGCUUGAGAUGACGUCAGUCUCUUUAGUGCAGUCUGAGUCUUUUUUGAUUGUAUUUCAGUAUAAACUAUUUAUUAAAAGUGUUCUGGGAGAAACAGAUUUUAAAUGAGAAAAGUCAUUUGAAUUUGUUUCCAACACAUCAUCUACCUCCAAUCAAGUGUCAUGUACAGAGAUGAUUUUUGUGUUUAUGAUGGACAUUGAUAAAUGAGACUUUGGACUGUAUUGAAAUAAUGUCUAUAAAAUAUUUUCUGGCCAAGCUGACUACUGUUUAACUUUCUACCUUCUGAUGAAUGCAAUUUUAAAGUAGAUGUUCUCAGUUUACUCACCCUCUUGUCAUCCAGGACGUUCAUGUCUUUCUUUCUUCAGUCGAGAAGAAAUUAUGUUUCCUGAGGAAAACAUUUCAGGAAUGUUCUCCAUAUAGUGGACUUCAAUGUUGCCCCUAACUUCCGAAAUGCAGUUUGAAUGCAGCUUAAUGUGUCUCUAAACGAUCCCAGCCAAGGUAGAACUGUUGUGCGUCUGUGUAAUCCGGGUCAAUAAAGUUAGGGUAUGUUGAAAAACUCCCGUCUCGUUUUCUUCUUCAAUGUCAAAAACAUCGCUGUUUUACCUUUUUUUUUUUUUUGUAAAGGGCGUUUGAUCUUCUUUGGAUGUUCACUUAGUAAACAAUGGGUCGGUACUUCUGAAGCAAUGUAGGACGAUUUUGAAGUUGGGGAAAAAAACGAUUUGGGAGUUUUUCGACAUACCCUAACUGUACUGACCGUAUUUAACUGGAAAAAAAACGUUCACGCAGACCAGACAAGACGACCGUUUGAGGUUAAAAAGCAUAUAAAUUGUCAGUUUGUUUCGAAAAUGACGGAUCGUUUUGCUAGAAAAGACCUUUCUUCCUCGUCUGGGAUCGUUUAGAGCCAUUUGAAGCUGCAUUUAAACUGUGUUUUGGAAGUUCAAACUUGGGGGCACCAUUAAAGUCCACUACCUUAUAU